AUGAAGUACGUUGUUGUUUCCGGAGGUGUUAUUUCGGGUAUUGGUAAAGGUGUUUUAGCGUCAUCGACAGGUUUGUUGUUCAAGACUCUAGGGUUGAGAGUAACAUCUAUAAAGAUUGAUCCCUAUAUGAAUAUUGAUGCGGGUACGAUGUCACCAUUAGAACACGGCGAGUGUUUUGUCUUGAACGAUGGUGGUGAAGUAGACUUGGAUUUAGGUAAUUACGAGAGAUAUUUGAAUAUCACCUUGACUAAAAAUCAUAACAUCACCACGGGUAAAAUAUAUUCCAAAGUUAUUGAAAGGGAAAGAAAAGGGGAUUAUUUGGGCAAAACAGUUCAAGUUGUUCCACAUAUUACCAAUGCUAUUCAAGAAUGGAUUGAAUCUGUUGCCGUGAUUCCAGUUGAUGAUACUGGGUUGGAGCCCGAGGUUUGUAUUAUUGAAUUAGGUGGUACCGUUGGAGAUAUUGAAAGUGCUCCCUUUGUUGAGGCAUUAAGACAAUUCCAGUUUAGAGUUGGUUCGGAUAAUUUUGCAUUGAUCCAUGUUAGUUUGGUACCGGUUAUUCACGGAGAACAAAAAACGAAACCUACACAAGCUGCCAUUAAGGAUUUGAGAAGUUUGGGGUUGACACCGGAUAUGAUUGCAUGUAGAUGUCAAGAGGAGUUGCAUCAUCAAAGUAUUAGUAAGAUUGGAAUGUUUUGUCACGUGGGGCCUGAUCAGGUUAUUGCUGUUCAUGAUGUCAAUUCAACUUAUCAUGUUCCAUUAUUAUUGAAGCAGCAGAAAAUGAUGAAGUUCUUGAUGAAGAAGUUAACAAUUGGCGAAGUUGAUCCACAGGCACUGGUAAAAGGUGAACAACUUUUAACCAAAUGGAUCAAUUUGACGACUGCCCAUGAUAAAUCAUUUGAAACUGUUACCAUUGCCCUUGUUGGUAAAUACACCCAUUUGCACGACUCAUACUUGUCGGUGAUAAAGUCAUUAGAGCAUGCUUCUAUGAGAUGUAACCGCAGGUUGAAGAUAGAGUGGGUAGAAUCGUCCAAUUUGGAAGAAGAAAUGAAGCAAGAAAAUUUAUCAAAUUACCAUCAAGCAUGGCAUUAUGUCUGUCAAGCAGAUGGUGUAUUAGUUCCAGGAGGAUUUGGUUCAAGGGGAAUUGAGGGAAUGAUUGCUGCGACAAAGUAUGCUAGAGAGAACAAUGUUCCAUUCUUGGGAGUUUGUCUUGGCUUGCAAAUUGCCGUUAUCGAAUUUGUUAGAAAUGUUGUUGGUAUAGAGGGCUCAACAUCUCAAGAAUUUGAUAAUUAUCAAAAAGGAGAUAAGGAAAUCAUCCCUUCAGUUGUAUACAUGCCCGAUGUUGACCAAGUGAAACUUGGUGGUACAAUGAGACUAGGAUUACACGAAACAAGAUUUACCAAGGAUUCACAACAUAGUGUGUUGCGUAAACUUUAUGGGGGUGCGGAAGCAGUUCAUGAAAGACAUAGACACAGAUACGAAGUCAAUCCCGAGCUUAUCGAGCAAAUCGAAGCCAAGGGUCUAAAAUUCAUAGGUAAAGACGAAACAGGGAAACGUAUGGAAAUGAUUGAAUUACCUCAAUUGAUGCAUAAAUUUUUUGUUGGUACACAAUACCACCCUGAAUACUUAUCUAAAGUCUUGGAUCCUUCUAGACCAUUUUUAGGUUUAGUUGCAGCUUCUGCUGGACUCUUAGAUGAUGUUUUAGCAAGAGAUGAUUUAAAUUAUAAAGGUGAAUUUUAA